CCCAUCCACGUGCAACACAGCUUGCUUGGCAGAGGCGCGCACACCAUCCCGUGACGUGAACUCGCAGGAACUUGAAAUUCUGCUGGUACCCCUGCCCACGCUACCUUCGCCGGAGCUCUGUACUCUUCUGCGGUGGUACAUACCACAUCAAUUCACCCAUCGCACCCAUUUUCUCGACACCGACACAUGUAGCGAGAAACAACGACGACCUAUCAGCAGUGCCGCUAGCGGCUAGAGAGUGAGGAUGUCUACAGCAGCCGAAGUGGAGAAGGUUCCGGUAGCCGCGGCCAAGGACGUCAUCUCCAGCAUCUUCGGGUCGGCAGCAUGUGUUUAUACCGGACAGCCUCUAGACACCAUCAAAGUGCGAAUGCAAGCUCGUCCGGACGCCUUCAGUGGCACGUUCCAAUGCCUGAGAAGGACACUAGCGGAGGAAAGCAUCACGUCUCUGUGGAAGGGGUCGACGCCGGCCCUGGGCGGCGCCGUCCUGGAGAACAUGGUAGCUUUCGGGGUGAACGAGCAACUCAAGCGCGUCUUCCCAGACAAGGACGGGUCGUCAGCCCCGUGGUGGCAGCCGAUACUGUUCGGAGGCGUGACGGGCGUCUUCACCACCGUGGUUGUCUGCCCCAGCGACGUCAUCAAGUCCAAGGUUCAGGUCGGACGGUCAAUGCGACAGGGGGUAGUAGUGUCGGCCAGUGCAGCGGCCAAGGGGCUGCCGGUGCUCAACGCGACACGGAUGACGGCGCACAUCUUGCGAACGCAGGGAGUACGAGGCCUGUACGUCGGGCUCGGUGCCCAGUUCGCCAGAGACGUACCGUUCUACGCGGCGUUCUUCGGAACGUACGAGACGUUCGUCGACUGCGGGAAGGCGCUGCCGUACGAGGUAACCCCGGAGGUGUUGUACUUCUUGGCGGGUGGCAUGGCAGGGGUGGUUGGGUGGGCGGCCGUGAUGCCGCUAGACUCGGUCAAGUCUAUCAUUCAGACGACGGACAAGCCCGAGUCUUUGCUCCGGACCUUGCAAACGGUCGUCCGUACGAAGGGGUGGCGAGCGCUCUUUAUCGGCUUGAACGCCGCUCUUGCCCGUGCUUUUCCCGCGAACGCGGCUCUCUUCUUGGGAUACGAAAUCGUGCGCAGGGCGUUGUAGCAGUCGAGGGGCGGUGUGUGAUAGCCGACGGUGGUAAGCGGGAUUCUUCGUCAUGUCUUUCCCGGAUGCUGCAGUAGACGAUGCGCAGAGCGUUCUUGCUCAAUUGUUUUUGUGCAAAAAUCGGCGUUGUUUGUUUUGUAGUUUUCCCUCGUGUUUUAGCAGUUCGGUCUAAGUAUCUACCUGGUUGAAGUAUGUGGUGUAGUUUUCGACCGAAAUGUUCAAAAGGUCCACGAAUCUUUUUUGCAUCUCUUGUUCGACCAUGAGGUCCCAUACUGUGUAUCAUAUGCCGCCUAGUUAAAAUUGAAGUCCGACCGCAUUGAUUCGCAUCUCUUGGUGUACGCGAACAGGUGCAAAGAGAUUAUGUGUGUUGAGCGUUUGAGGGGACUUUUUGGAGAGAAUCUGGACGUGUGUGUGUGAAUGCUACCCGGCGGUGUACUAUGUAUGUUCAGCUUUUCCCUAUCGGCACCACGGGGCAUCACAAUAUGUGACGAUAUUGCUACCAGUCUUGUUUGAAGACAGGGUGGAGUAGCCAAUAGACAACAGGGAUAUAACGUUGUCGUUGGUCUACAGGUGGUGCGGGUUCGCAUGAGAGAUGUGAAUGGGGGUUAGGCGAUGGUACUGAUUAAAAGAUAGGUAUACUAAGUACCUUGACGAAAGUCCGCAGGCCUCAAGAUCGGAAGGUUCUAAUGAGCAAAGUUGUUGGUAACCGAACGAUGCUUUGGCUCCUUGAGCACUUGCGGCUCCUGAGGUGCUCCAAGAGACGCGGGUACAGAAAAGGUGACGUAUUAUAGGAAACAUUUACACGGCAAAGGUUGUCCGAGGACAAUUGGCGCUAAAGCCUAAGUAGGUGAAGAGUGUACCACAGGGAAGGGUGGAGGAAAAAAAUUGGCCGAAAUUCGGGUUACUAUGUGUGUGCGGCCUUUUCUCUCGUGGUUCUGCUCUUCCGCGCUUGCCACCGUACGCUUGUUUUCAUCUCGAACGAAUGUGUAUGAUGGUCCUUGUGCGGAUUCGGAACGUGGAGAAUAAUCGUUUUCGGGAUGGCUACAUACGUGCACAAGAGGAACAUUAACAUUAGUUGGAAGAAAUGGA